GGUCAGUUUCAGUAGAUAUACGUUCGCUGUCGUAACGUCGAGAGACGCGCGCAAAUCUCUAUUCGUUCUGUACGUAACGUCGACGCGAGCGCGACUCUCGUCUUCGUGCGCUUCAAGGACGAGAGCGAAGAGCUUGACAGAAAGAGAGAGAGAGAGAGAUAGAGUGAGGGGGAACGUACGACACGCCGGGACGCGGAGCAGGACUCACGUCGGGAACGAUCGCGUGCAUAGAUCGACCGAGUUUUACGACGCUUUGCUGGGAGCCGAGCGUUGCUGGAAGAGAAGACGCCAAAAGGAAAAAAAAAGUGACGGCGUAACGUCGCGCGACGAUACCCGGAAGAGGUGAAGCAAUCGAGGACGCCGUGCGGAGUAGAGAGCAGUAACAGGUGGAACGCAUACGCUUGGACUGACAUAAUAUCCACACAUCGCGGUCUGUAUAAGCCGAGUGUCUCUUCGGAUCUCAACCGAAGCAUCAUCUUGCGAUCAAGCGGGACGGUUUUGCUCCUGUCAUUUGGUCUGCACGAAAAUAUCUAGCGUUCUCAAAUCGCGGGUUGCGAAUAAAAAAAGAAAUGAAGUGUAUAACAUUGCUACGUUUUAUAUCCUCUCUCCGUCGUGAUAAUAAUUUUCGGAAAUAAUUUGAAAAUCAAUGAAAUCUCGCAACUGGGAGUUUCGGGGAACCAGACGCGCGCGCAUCGAUCAUUCAUCGUUAUCGCCGACGUUUACGCCUUUUAUGCUGCACGAUAGCUCUCGUAAUCGAUCCGCGCGGCGUUUUUAUUUUCGCGUCCUUCGAUGUCAAUCGCAGUGCAUAUCUCCGACCGGAGGACAUUAAUUAAACGUUGAUCAUGCAGGACUAUAAUUAAACGUUAAUCGUGGCUAGUGCGACAAAUAUUUAUUCAGUUUUAGAGUAACCGGAGACGAUGGAUCAAGGCUUCCCGGGGCAGCACACCACCACGACCACCGUGACGACCUCCACUACGACCACCCAGCCUAAUAUACGGUUUGAUCCGUCAUACGCGAGGACAUUGCCUGGCAUUCUAAAAAUCGUACAAGUGGUGCUAAAUCUCUUGGGAUUUAUAUGCAUAACGGUGUCGAGUCUGAGCAGCCACAGCCGGGGGGGAUGGUUCAAUACCGUAUCCAUGAUUGGUUUCUGGUUCACGGGGAUCCUGCUCGUAUUCUACUUGUUCCACAUUAUCGAGAAGUUCUCCAGGAUUCCGUGGCUUAAGAUUGAAUUCGUAUUCUGUACGACAUGGACAGUUUUCUACUUAUUGGCCGCUUCCCUCGCAGCUGACUACGCGCGUUACACCGAGGCUUUUGGUGUUGCAGCGUUCUUCGGUUUUUGCGCGAUGGUGGCAUAUGGUUACGAUGCUUGGCUGAAGUUCAAAGCGGUAAAGAGCGGCGCGUUGGCGCAGGGUCAGCAUACGCCGAAACAAGUGUCCACUGUCGCCAGUCCGGCGUAUUAAAAAUCCAAGGGAGGGAGGGGUCCCGAAGCAGAUGGACCACCGUUCGACCGAUUAGACUGAUCGAUCGAUCGACACAUAUCGUUACCUUUAUGCGGGGCCAGCUCUUUCACAUCGGCGUGUUUCUUUCUCGCGCGGAAUCUCAAGGCGGCAUGCACGGCGCGUGCUUUUCUCGGCUCGACGCUUUUUCCGUUCAAUCACACGUAUGCGUCGCGUGUGUUCGUGCGUGCGUAUAUUCGUUUAUUUACAUCCGCGCACGCGUACACUCGACUUUCCUUUCGUCUAUAUAUUUUUUUUUGUACUUGUAACAAGGCAAUAAUCUACACUACGCUAUAGCGUAUCGUUGACUUAUAUUCUAACACGAAGAGGCGAUGCGUUCAUGUAUGCAGUAUCCUCUAUCGAACAACGAUUGUUAAUAUUUUGUAAUAAUAAUGUUUGCCGUAUCUUUGCUGUCGAUCGAUUUUAUUCGAUGUUAUUUAUGCGACGAUGUACAUGUACAUACAUACAUACUUACACAGAUCUAUAUGUAUAUACAUACAUAUACGUUGUUGAAACUAUAUCUUAAAUCAUUGUUGAAAUUGAGGCAACGCCUCACGCAUCAUGAGGCUCGGACGCGAUAUUAAAUGCCGGUGCGACUGUUAGAUCUAUUUUAAUCAUCUCGGUCCUUGUUUGCAAUUGGUCAGGCCAAUCUUGUCUUUAACGAUUUUCUGAAAAAUAACGUUUGCAUUAAAGAAAAGUUUUCGGUUUUAUCGAUUUCUCAUAAUUUAGACAAACAUUUACAUAUAUAUAAAUACAAAUGUAUAAAUUUAAUAGAGAGCGAAAUAUUAUCUCUGUAUAAAAUAUGAGUAUCAAGAAUAUAUUCGGAUUCUUGCAAACAAGGACAGAGUAUGCAAAAAUUGAAAUACCGAAACACGGUUUUCCCCUUUCUUGUCGUGUGUAGCCUUCUUAGACUGUCGUAUAAAUUCUUUAGAUUGUUCGAUAUUGCGCUUUGCGAAUCUCUGGAGGGAUAAAAAGUGCAGUUACGUGCAUAUUGUACUGAGAAGAAAAUUAAGAGAAUAAUGUAGUAUGAUCACAUAUAUAUACGAAUACACACAUACACAUAUACAGAUACAUUAUUUAACUCCCGAGUCAGUCUAUUGGCUCGCGAUGAACAUAUUCACCGCAUUUGUCAUCAUAUCGGAUCAUUGUAUCGCGUUACUCGGUACGCAUAAUCUCAUAAUGACGCUCACGAGAUUCUUUAUGCCAAGGACAAGAAUAAUUUAUUACGAAGAAUGCCGCACUUUUUCUAUUGCGGCUCGCGCAUAAAUUAUAUUUACUAUUUUUGUUAUCUUUACUCAAGAUUGAAUCUAUACAAGUACACAUCUCACGGUAUACACCAAUAUCAAUGUCUAGUUGAAGAGAUCUGGCGAAUAUUUACUCUAAUGGAUAUUACUAUGCAUAAUGAGACGAUCGACAAAGUAAAACUUCAACAUCGGUAAGUGUAUUCAACGAAAUAAAUUAUUGAUUGUUGUUUCCCG